GGUCAGCGAUAGAGACAGAGGCCCAGCGUUGUGCUCGGCGAGCGAGCGGACGGACUGCGGUGGUGUGGCUGCCCCGGGAAGAUGGGCGGCGGGUUGUCCCGGGGCUGGUGGGCCGGCCGGCGGCUGACGGCCGUGUGGGAGCAGCCGGGCGUCCCCUGCGCCUGGGAGCACCAGCUGCAUGCCCCAUCUCAGAGCCCGUCGCGAAGGACCGCGGCGGCGCCCGCUCCCGCGGGCAGCAAGAGUCACCUGUGGGCUCGGUACAGUGACAUGAAGCGGCUGGUGCGAGAUCUCGUGCCUCCCGGGGUGUGCAAUCUCCUGAACUCGUCUACCAUCUACGCCAACAACGAGGUGUGCCUGGGCGACAUCGAGGUGUACGGCUUCGACUACGACUACACGCUGGCCCUCUACUCCAGCUCGCUCAACGCCAUGAUCUACAACACGGCCAUGGACAUCCUGAUCGAGCAGUACAAGUAUCCGCAGGGACUCAAGGACUACACGUACUGGCCGGACUUCGCCAUCCGCGGACUUCACUACGACAUCAACAAGGGGAUUCUGAUGAAGAUCGAUGCCUUCCAUUACAUACAGAUGGGCUCUGUAUACAGGGGUCUGCAGCCGGUGCCUGACGACGAGGUAUUGGCCAUGUACCACGGCACCCACCACAUCCCCCUGCAACAGGUCAGCGGCUUCUACGGCAAGGGCCCGGUGGUCCGGCAGUACAUGGAUGUGUUCUCCAUCCCCGAGGUCACCCUGCUCGCCGUCACCAACGACUACUUCCUCAGCCACGACAUCGAGUUCGACCCCCUGCACCUCUACCGGGACAUCACGGACGCUAUCGCACAGGUUCAUAUCAAAGGAUUUAUGUACAAGUGGGUUAUGGAGGACCUUGAGAAGUAUAUUCUCCGCGGUGAAGAGACGUUUGCUGUCCUUCAGCACCUGGUGAAGAAUGGGAAGACACUCUUCCUCAUCACCAACAGCCCUUUCAGCUUUGUUGACAAGGGAAUGAGCUACAUGGUGGGCCGGGACUGGAGGGAACUCUUCGAUGUCAUCAUCGUGCAGGCUGACAAGCCCCACUUUUUCAACGAUAGCAUUAAACCCUUCCGUCGCCUGGAUGAGAACGGUGACCUUCUGUGGCACAAGAUCACCAAACUGCAGAAGGGGAAGAUCUACAAGCAGGGGAACCUGGUGGAGUUCCUGCGGCUCACCGGCUGGCGGGGAUCGAAGGUGCUUUACUUCGGGGACCACCUCUACAGCGACCUCGCGGACCUGAUGUUGCGGCACGGAUGGCGAACGGGGGCCAUCGUUCCCGAGCUGGAGACAGAGACACGGAUCGUCAACACGGAGCAGUACACGCAGACGCUGACGUGGAUGCAGGCUCUGACCGGGCUGCUGGAACGCAUGCAGACCCAUCGGGACCCUGAAGCCCAGGAGGUGCUGAGGACGUGGAUGGAGGAACGGCAGGAACUGAGGGCAUUUGCCAAGAACCUCUUCAACCCGCGUUUUGGCAGCAUUUUCCGGACGUGUCACAACCCCACCUACUUCUCCCGGCGCCUCUGUCGAUUCUCCGACCUCUACAUGUGCUCGCUCAGCUGCCUGCUCAACUACGACAUGGCGUACACCUUCUACCCCCGCCGCACGCCCUUGCAGCACGAGGCUCCCCUCUGGAUGGACCAGCUCUGCACCGGCUGCAUGAAGACCCCCUUCCUCGACGAGAUGUCGCACAUCCGCUAACUCCUGACCCGUCCAUUUCUCACCCUCUGCCUUUGUGUCAAGGACUUUAACCCUUGUCCUGCUCCUCACCCUUUACUGAUGACCCUGUAAACUGGGUCAUGCCCUUUAACCCUUUGCUACUCCCAUUGCCCCUGUAAUCUGAAGUGAUGCCCUUUAACCCCUUUCCUACUGUCCUUUAACCCUUCCAAUUUACAGCUGUGAACUGAGGUCACAUUUUAACGCUUUCCUACCCCGUCAACUGAGUUUACACCCUUUAACUCUUUCAUUACUCCCCAUUGACCCCUUAAACCUUUCUUUUUUCCCCCCAGUGAAUGAACCUUCUUGGGGGGGGGGAGAUUUCAGGACCUGUAACACUUGACCUGCCACUAUUAUGCCAUCUCCUUUGAACUUCUGUAACUGGGUUUACAUGUCGCAUGGCCCUUAACAAGGUUGCCCACCCUCUGCAUUUUUCCCAGCUCCGGUGAGUUGGACCGUCGUGAGUCUAAAUGCUCCUGUGCCCGGACAUGAUCGGGCGGUGGGAGGGAGGUACCCUCUUGGGCACCAGGAUGUCUGCCCUCCCUCCAGCAUGUCCUUCUGACGGAGGAAGUCUGCCCGCUCGAGGUCAAGUGGUGUGAGCCCUUGGAUGGACAUCCAUUUCUCCUCCCUCCCUCCUGUCCACAGGGCCCUGUUGCUAUGGAGACAGCUAGGCCCAGGUCAUGAAUUCACCCUCUUGCUAAUCCCAGAAUUCCUUUCCAAUUCCUCCUAACAUUGGUUGGUGCUCGAAGAUUUCUUCACAAUUCUGCAUUAAUUUUUAUUGUUUACUUUGUUGGUAACAGGGACUUGGACGCACAACUAGGCUCCCUCAGCCUCAAAGUGGGGGAAAAUAAUCUAAUUUUUUGUUUACCAAUGUGCAGAGUAACCAGUACGCAAGGUGCUCUGUUUUUAAAAUGAUGCCUGGAAUAAGCUGUUAGGUCUAGCUUCUGCCUUGAGGGGGUGGAGGAGUGGGGUCAAACAUAGGGUCGUAAACAUAGGACCCAUUUUGUCACCGAGACCUGCUUGAGGUAAUGGAUUCCAGUCCUCCUUUCUCUCUCCCAUCUCCCCCUCCCUUUUUUUUCUCCCUUCCCUUGAGGGAUACCAGCCACCCUUUGUACACCACAUACUUGCCCCACUCCAUCCCUCAAGAGGCUCAGUUUCCCAAUAGACCCUCUGGGGCAGGAAACGUGUCUAACCGGGCGCCCAAGAUUUGGGCAGCAGAAGUUUGGCCUCACUUGGGGUUUUCACCCGAGUGAGAACUCAACUCUUGGUGGGGGAAAGAGCCGUGACAGAUACACAUUUUUAACCUCUCAAUUUAGGAAUGCUUUUUAAUAAAAAUCAAUGCACAGAACAGACUCUCCGUUGCCAUUUAAUUGCCUUCGGGGAAUGGGGGACUUUUGGGGCCUGUGUGUGUACUGGGGGACCUCAGAGGGAGAGGCAGGGCUGGUGUCAGGGAGGGAGUUUGGGAGCAAAUGGGGGGGGGGCAGAAUGAUUUCUUGUUCAGAGAGAAAGCGUGGAAUAGGCCCUUUGAGCUAAGUCACCCAGCAACUUCUGACAACCUCCCGAUUUUACCCGAACUUAAUCACAGGACCAUUUACAAUGACCAUUUAGCCUACUACCCUGUACUCUUCGGACUGGAGCACCGAGAGGAAGCCCACGCGGUUUACGGGGAAGACUCCUUUCUGAUGAUGUUGGGAUUGAACUCCGAAGCCCUGAGCUUGAAACACAAAACCACCGUGCUGUCCCAGGCAGGGGAGUGGCUGCACAAAUAGAAUCUGGAGGGAGGGUGUCGCUGAGACAGGGAGUCAUGGGCUGGUGUUGCUGUAGCUUCACUCUGUCUAACCCUGGGAGUGAUGGGACGGUGUGGAGGGAGCUUCACUCUGUGUCUGACCCCGGGAGUGUGUGAUGGGACGGUGUGGAGGGAGCUUCACUCUGUGUCUGACCCCGGGAGUGUGUGAUGGGACGGUGUGGAGGGAGUUUCACUCUGUGUCUGACCCCGGGAGUGUGUGAUGGGACGGUGUGGGGGGAAUUUCACUCUGUGUCUGACCCCGGGAGUGUGUGAUGGGA